CUAUAUCGAUAGCUAUACGUUUUUUCCCAUUUAUAACACUUACAACCGAAUAACAGUGCUAUCCUAACGGACACAAAAACCUUUCUACCCCGUACCCUUUCUCAAAAUGUCCACAUACAUCCGGACAAAGGUCCUAACCCCACCGUGGUACAUACCUCUACACAAUGUGGCCACAUCAGUCCGCGCGCGCUCUCUGCCGCAGCCGGACUACGGGCCCGCGGAGAUCCGGCGGUCAGAACUGUCCAAUGGCAUCAAGAUGGCUGUUGCACAGCCCUGGGGCGCCCCCAUGGCUGCCUGCACUAUUAUGUAUCGGGUUGGCUCGCGCUUCGAGGCCGACUCCUCUCUCGGCGCCUCCCACUUCCUGCGCGCCUGCUCCGACUGCUCCGGCCGCGGCAGCUCCGGGUACCUGAAGACUCGCGACCUGAUGCAACACGGCGCGGCGCUCGCCUGUAGCACGGACCGCCAGACUGUGAGCUACACGCUCACGUGUGUGCCGUCUGAUUUUCAGCACUUGAAGUAUUAUCUGCUGGAUGCUGCUUGCAGAUGCAGCUACCCGCAACACGAAAUAGACGACAGGAAGGAUCAAAUCCGUGGCGACUUAACAAGAAUAUCUCCAGAUGUUCGCGUGAUGGACUUAGUCCAGAAAGCAGCGUUCAAGGGAGGCCUUUCCAACUCUACCUUAUGUGUGCGUGAACGCAUCGACGCCAUGUCUCAGUGUGUCCUGACCACGUAUGUUGCUGAGCGUUUCAGGACCUGUGACUUGGCCAUCGGCAGCUUUGGAUUGGGCUUCGAUGAGGUCAUGAAGUUGGCUGAGAGUGUGGAUAUUAGGAAGAGCAAGUCAGCAGCCACCCCGCGGUCCGCGUGGCGCGCCGGGCAGGAGAGCCACGACAUGGGCCGAGACGCCGACACUUACAUCGCGCUCGCCGUCCCCGGCGCUGGCACUCAGGACUUUGGAUCCCUACUCAAGCUAGCCAUCCUGUCGUCAGCCCUUGGCUCCGGGGCGAUGACCUCCAGCCACGAGCUGGACAUCACUACGGAACUGCCUGUAGACUACCUGGUGGACGGAGACGUGUUCACGAGCUACUCUACCUUUAAUCUGUCGUACAGUGAUGCGGGGAUCUUCGGUAAGUUAAAUUAUUUCGCCAAAUAG